AAAAUACUAUCUCUCGGGGCCUUGACUCCUUGUCACGCAAGCAAAACAACCGCUCAAUUCAAACUCCCCACCAAAAAUUUCCCCGAAACAUUGAUGGAGGGAAACCGAAGGGGCCAGUUUGGGUGUGCACCGUCUCCAACCCAACCACAGCCAAGCCUAUUUAAUUCACUGUGCUGCAGUGCUAGCUUUUUACAACCGUGCCCCCACACCCCGCUCCUCUCCCCUCCCUGUAACUCCGCUCCUUUUCACCUCCCGUCCGUCUCCAUCGAUCUCCCCCCCUUCAAGAAGCGAAAGAACCGCCGCGCUGCUCCUGCUCCCUGCGGCGGACGCCAUGGACGCCUGGGAGGCCACCAAGGUGGUGUUCGACCGGGUGCGCGCUCUGGACCCCGACAACGCCUCCAAGAUCAUGGGCCUGCUCCUCAUCCAGGACAACAGCGACAAGGAGCUCAUCCGCCUCGCCUUCGGCCCCGACCACCUCCUCCACGCCUUCGUCGCCACCGCCCGCGCCGACAUCGCCGCCAAGCCCGCGUCCCCGCCGUCGCCCGUGCUCGGCUCGCCCUGGGGCGGCGUUCCGAGCCCCGGGGGAGGUGACCAUCAGUCGCCGUUCGCCGCCGACCAGGUGGGGUACGACGGCGGCAACGCGUUCUACCCCGAGGGCGAGUACGACUGCUGGUCGCCGGCCAGCGGCGGCCACCGCCGGAGCUUCUCGCUGAGCGACGCCGAGGUGGCGGCGUGGAGGCCGUGCAUGUACUUCGCGCGCGGCUACUGCAAGAACGGCUCGUCCUGCCGGUUUCUGCACGGCCUGCCCGAGGACGACGCGGCGGCGGAGCGGGAGAUGGCGGUGGUGCGCGCCAAGGCCUUGGCCGCCGCGCGGCAGCAGCAGCUCAUGGCGUCCGCGUUCCCCUUCUCGCCGUCGCCGCCCAAAGGCGUCAGCCUCAACUUCCUGCUCCAGCAGCAGCAGCAGCAGCACGAGCACCAAAGAGCAGCGGCGGCGGGCAUUCUGCUCGGCGGCGAGGACAUGCACAGGUUCCCGGAGCGGUCGCCUCGGAUGGACCGCGGCGAGCUCAUCGGCAGCCCCGCGGCCCGGCAGAUCUACCUGACCUUCCCGGCGGACUCCACCUUCAGCGAGGAGGACGUCUCCAACUACUUCAGCAUGUACGGUCCGGUGCAGGACGUGCGCAUCCCCUACCAGCAGAAGCGCAUGUUCGGCUUCGUCACCUUCGUCUACGCGGAGACGGUGAAGAUCAUCCUCAACAAGGGCAACCCGCAUUUCGUGUGCAACGCGCGCGUGCUCGUCAAGCCAUACAAGGAGAAGGGCAAGGUCCCGGACAGGUUCAGGAAGCUGCAGCACGCGCACCACGGCGACUUCGUCGGCUGCACGUCGCCCACCGGAUUGCUCGAUUCCAGGGACCCUUUGGAUCUGCAGCAGCCGCAGAUUGGACCAAGGAUGAUGUACGGGAACAUUGCUAACCAUGAGGCUUUUCUGAGGAGGAAGCUCGAAGAGCAGCAGCAGGCGGCCGAGCUGCAGCAAGCUAUUGAGCUGGAGGGACGCCGGUUCGUAAGGCUGCAGCUUCUCGACCUCAAGAGCAGGGGUCACCAUCUCGGCUUCCCCGUGCCUCUGGGACAAGCUGAUGGCAAAGGCAGCAUCAAUGGGAAUGGCAAUGCCGUCCAUAUGGAGGAUGUCACCAUCCAAGAUAGCAAGAUGAACAGUACAAGUCUUGCAAUGAGUGCGCCUGCAGCUGCUGCUGUCUCUGCAACUGAUGCAGAAGGCAGGCACGAGGAGCAGCAGGAAGAGGAUGGUGAUGCCAGUCCCAAGCAGGUGGUCAACCCUGGGGAAGAGGAGAAGAGGGAAUCUGGUCCUGUGACAGCAACACCCAAUGUUGCUUGCGCAUUCCAAGAAAGUGGCGUGGUGGAGCACAUUUUGCCUGAGAGCCCCUUUGCAUCACCCACCAAGGCCUUCACUGAUACUUCUACAACAGGUCAAAAUGGCAACAUCAGCAACACCAGCCCUCAUCAUGUGGCUUCAUCCCUCUUCCCACCUACAUCCACCCUUGAGCUGCCCCCAUACAACUCCUGCUUCUUUCAGGUGCCCAGGUUUUCUCCUGGGCAUGAAGCCAUUGGCCUGUGAAUACAGAGCAAAAGGGGUCUCCUUUCCUCUAAUCUGGGAGGACUAUCAUGACCCCAUCAAGUGGAGGAAAGGGUAGAAGAAAGCUUUAACAAAUAAUAGGUGUAUCUUCAGGGAGGGAACAGCAACAGCAACAACAAGAAAGAAACAAAUCUAGGUUGUUUUAGUUCUAGACUUCUAGGUCUAAGUAUAUGAUAGUAGUCCUAUAAAUAAUAGUCGUUUAGUAGCUCCUGCCGGUAUCAAGAACAAAGAUCAAAGGUCCAUCUCGUAAGCUCGUUUGUAGUAUGGAUCUCAGAAUGAUACAGUCAUUAAACCGUAGAUGAUGUAGUAGUAACUAGUCCUGGCAGCCAGUUGUAGUGAAGUGACAUGGCUGCAUACAGACAUCCAAAGAAAACAGAGGCUAGACUGCUAGAGAGGUAGAGGAGUGGACAAAAGCCAGAGAGGUAGAGGAGUGGACAAAAGCCAGGCAGUCAUAGUGCUGCAGCUGCACAACAGCACAAGGAAAAGUGACGCGACGAGAGGGACCAGAGCACUCACAUGAGCAGUUCAGCAUGGACCCGUCAUCCGUGUCCUAUUUUGCCCAUUGCUGUUGCAUCGUCUUGCAUGCUUGCAGCACUCCUUGGGUCUGUGCAUCCACCUUUUGCUCUUCUUUUCACCCUUGUAGAACAGCAGGAGGUAGCAGACAAAGAAAUGGAAAAGUAAUUAUCAGCCAAUAUUUCAUC